AGAGAGAGAUUCGACCGCACAGUGCUGGGCGAACACCGCGCGGGGCAGGGGUGCGAAUGUGUGGGAGUGCUCUUCUUAUUGCCGUUCCCUGUGCAGUCGGGCGCAGGCAGGUACCAGGCAAGAAGGGAAGAUCUGCUCGAGUCGCAUAGGAUACCUCGGAGCAAGAAUCUGCAUUAUCCGAGCACAACGACGGCGGGACAGACUUAUUGGAGUAUCUGUUCACCUUAAGACACGGAGGACGUCGGAAUUCGACGGGGGAAAAUAUAGUCCUUUCUUGUAUCAGUCAUUCGAAGUGAUGGACUUGAGAUAGUGGAUCCCUUUUUCGUUUUUUGUCUUUUCGCGUUGGGAGUUGCCGAUGGGCGAGUUGCGUGAGGAUGCUCGUUAGUCGCUUUAGGUAACAGGUAGGAUGGUGGCAGGGGAGGCAAGUGGGCACAGCUACCUGGUGGCUUGCUGGCAGCCCAUCCUGAUACUGAUGCUGGGCACCGUGCUUUCGGGCUCGGCCACGGGCUGCCCAUCCCGCUGCGAGUGCAGUGCCCAGGAGCGCUCGGUCGUGUGCCACCGCAAGAAGCUGAUGGCCGUCCCCGAGGGCAUCCCCAGUGAGACCCGCCUCCUGGACCUCAGCAAGAACCGCAUCAAGACCAUCAACCCGGACGAGUUCGCCAACUACCCCCACCUGGAGGACCUGGAGCUGAACGAGAACACCAUCUCGGCCAUCGAGCCCGGGGCCUUCAACAACCUCUACGGCUUGCGGACAUUAGGGCUGCGCAGCAACAAGCUGAAGCUCAUCCAGCUGGGCGUGUUCACGGGUCUCAGCAACCUAACGCAGCUGGACAUCAGCGAGAAUAAGAUUGUCAUCCUUCUGGACUACAUGUUCCAGGACCUGUAUAACCUGCGGGCCCUGGAGGUGGGGGACAACGACCUGGUGUUCAUCUCCCACCGAGCCUUCCAUGGGCUCAGCAGCCUGGAGCAGCUCACGCUGGAGAAGUGCAACCUGACCUCCGUCCCAACCGAGGCCUUCACUCACCUCCACAGCCUGAUCUCCCUCAGGCUCCGUCACCUCAACAUCAAUGUCAUCAGGGACUACUCCUUCAAGAGGCUGUAUCGGCUCAAGGUGCUGGAGAUCGCAAACUGGCCCUACCUGGACACCAUGACCUCCAACUGCCUCUAUGGCCUCAACCUCACCUCCUUGACCAUCACUAAUGGCAACCUAACCAGCAUCCCCUAUAUAGCCCUCCGGCACCUUGUUUACCUUCGUUUUCUCAACCUUUCCUACAACCCCAUCCAGACUAUCGAGGGGAACAAGCUCCAUGACCUGCUGAGGCUGCAGGAGUUCCACUUGGUGGGAGGCAGGCUGGCCAACAUCGAGCCCUACUCGUUCCGCGGCCUCAACUACCUUAAGAUCCUCAACGUGUCCGGCAACUCGCUCAGCACCCUGGAGGAGUCGGCCUUCCACUCCGUGGGCAACCUGGAGACCCUGGCCCUGUAUGACAACCCGCUGGCCUGUGACUGCCGCCUGCUGUGGGUCUUCCGCCGCCGCUGGAGGCUCAACUUCAACCGGCAGCAGCCCACGUGUGCCUACCCGGAGUUUGUCCAGGGUAAGGAGUUUAAGGACUUUCCGGACGUCCUGCAGCCCAACUAUUUCACCUGCCGCAAGUCCAGGAUCCGCGACCGCAAGGCCCAGCAAAAGUUUGUGGACGAGGGCACCACCGUCCACUUUGUGUGCCAGGCGGACGGCGACCCGGCCCCCGUGAUCAUGUGGCUGUCCCCCCGGAAGCAGUUCAUCACCACCAAAACCAUCGGGCGCCUGACGGUGUUCCCGGAUGGCACCCUGGAGGUGAGGUAUGCUCAGAUCCAGGACAACGGAACGUACGCCUGCAUCGCCAGCAAUGCAGGGGGCAACGACACGUCGCUGGCUCACCUGCACGUGCACAGUUACUCCCCCGACUGGCCCCACCAGCCCAAUAAAACCUUUGCUUUCAUCUCCAACCAACCCAAUGACAACAUCACCAAUGGGACGCGUGCUACAGUCCCCUUCCCCUUUGACAUAAAGACCCUCAUCAUUGCCACCACCAUGGGGUUCAUAUCUUUCCUGGGGGUAGUUCUAUUCUGUCUUGUACUCCUGUUUCUGUGGAGCAGAGGGAAGGGUAACACCAAGCACAACAUUGAGAUCGAGUACGUACCCCGUAAGUCAGACGCUGGCAUGAGCAGCAGCGGGGCGGACGCCCCCCGGAAGUUCAACAUGAAAAUGAUCUGACGGGCCCCCGCCUCCCAGAAACAAGGGGACCUACAAAAAAGAAAAUCAUUUUCAGAAAAGAAUAAUAAAUGAAUAAGUGAAGUCAUCCCUUACAAAAGAGAAAAACCCUGGAUCCUAAGACAUUUUCUGUAGAGUAACUGAAUUUUCUUUCCCGACUUGAAAGAUGGGGAGGAGACAUUCUUUGCUUUCAUUAUAUGUUGAAUUUAAGGGAAAAAGAAUUAUAGCACAGCAGAGCCCCCUCCUAGAUGUUCAUUUCUGCUAGGCCUUCAGGGACCCCUUUCUUUUGAAAGCGAACUUUGUUGUAUGGGAUUCAGAUUCUGAUGGAGCUUUACAGGGGAGAAAGUUGAUUAAAAAAAGAAGUGAACCCUUCGAGAUGUUCUUUUCAUCCACCGGAAUACGAAAGGUGGAUCAUCUUUCUCCUUUGCUGUCUUUUCGCUUGUUUUUUUUUUUUUUCUCAUUUAUUUUUUCUAACAAUGGGAACAUGUUUUGUUUUGUGAAAGCAACAAGAUAGGUCAUACUAUGGGUUGGUGAGCACAUUGCAUUUUGCAGUUCCCCUGUAUUAUGUGCAGAAAAGGACAAAAAUGUUCAGGCUGCAAUAAACAACAGAACAAAAAUCCCAUGUUGUACAUACACUUAAUUUCAGUCACAGCUGGAAAAGCAAUGAAAGUAGGCAAUAUCAAACCAUUAAUAAACCAUUCUCAAUUCUCAGCCCCACAUGUCAGUGUUGUGAUGUGUAAAAAAAAAGUUUGUUCUGUAAUUUUAGCUUUAAAUCCGGCACUUUAUUUUCAGCCAAAGGGAACAAAGUGGAGCCCUUUGGGGCUCUGCUGAACCUUGUAAAAAUUAGAAAUGAUUUGAAAACAAAUGUUUGAAAUCAAUUAUCUGUAUUCUGUAUUAUUUACACCGCACAAAUGGACCCUUUUACCAGGAUUCAGAAAUCUUUGUCUUUUUAAUGCCUGCAGCGUCUUUAAGAAUAUUGAAGGGACCUGCAUUAAUGGAGAACAGUAAACAGAGCAUUCCACAGUUAACUGUUUUCAGUAACCAUAGCAGGAAGGCCAGAUUAAUCAAAAUGGAGUCACGCGCUCAACCGAGCGGAAUGGCAUAGCAUAUUUAGCGUGGAAUGUCACAUAUGCCUCAAUAUAAAUACUGAACAAAUCGGAUAACCUGCUCUCGGAUGGGAUUUUGUCGUUUUCAGGGAAAAGUAAAUCCCAGCCUGGCCAUAUUCUGCAUACAUCCACAGAUGUCUGCAGACGUCAAGGAUGCAUUUCUGUUUGAUAUGAGCAGAGCGUAGCCACCCUUUCCUCCGCCAUCACAUUUACAUUUCUGCUACGUGAUCUGAUUGGAUAGUGCCACAUCAAAAAGAGUUAGCUGGUUACCUUGCAGUACUUUUGAUUUGUGCAAGUUGAUUUCAGUGCUACAACUGAACUCCAGAAUGCUCGAUGUCCCUAAGAAGGUUUAAACGUGUGCCGAGUAAGACUGCAUUGAAACGUAAUACAGGGCCUCCAUAGAAGUUGCAAGGGCACACAUGAACACACACGCACAUGCGCAUACAUGCGCACGCACACACACACGACAAGAAUGUAAUGUGUUCAUUAACCCACUGCCAAUGGUGGUUCUCGAGUGGAAUUUUGGGAAGCAUAAAUCGCAAUGCGUUUUAUGGAUUAAGCAUUCUAUUUUUCUUUAUUGGCAUUUUUUCCUCGCCUCCUCUUUCGGCCAGCCAUAUCCAGGAUCCACAGACCCAGCUUUAGUUUACUGUUUGUGAUUCUCAAAAAAAUACAAAAGAUGUGAACAAAAAAAAAAAGAAAUAAAAACUGACCAACAAACAAUGGAUUUGGACGGACCGUGGUUGUACAUACAAAGCCCUUAUAUUUUACAGCAUACACACUGUGGACAGCUGGACCAUGCCGGUGGAGGUGAAGGGCUGAGUUAUUUACAAUGACUGAUGUUUGAAAUCACAAGUUAAAGGGUUUGCAAGUAUGGAAUAUGGAUUAAAGUGAUGGAAAGUGACACAGAUGGCUUGGCCAAUCGUGGACUACGUGGAGAGGAUUUAGAAUAAUCCUUUUAUUUUCCCCCCAGACCCAUCGGACAUACCAGUCUGCAUACUGCUCUAAUGUGCUGAUUAAAAAUGUUCUUUUUGUUAAACCUGUGGCUACUGUACCAAGCCCCGCUGUCCCAUUCAAUUCAGAUUAAUUGGAGUUUUUUUUUAAUGCUAAUCCAGGACUAUGUUGUAUAUGUAGUCCAAACCAACUUUUUAUUCAAAGAUAUUGAAAAGAAUCAACGACAAAAUACAUUCAAAUUGUUCUGUGCAAUAAAAGUAAUAUGCAGAUUUUUUUUUUAUUCAACACAAUUUUAUUGAUGUUAAAUUGUUGAAAAUAUGGUAUGUUGUAUUAAACAAUCUAUGGAUUUUUUAAAUGGU